CUCUGGACUGUAAUCCUGCUAGUGACCCACCGGACUGCUAGUUUUCCCUUUGGCAGCUCAGACCCUGGAUGAGGGUUAGAGGGGAGGUCGGCACUUUGCCAUGGCUCAUUCGUCUGACACGGCACGCAAAGACAUGACGAAUGGGGCUCAUCCCAGUGCCCAGCCAGGUCCCUCGGGCACCUCGACUCUACCGCGCUACCUUCACAAGAAGCAGCAGCGCCAGAGAGGAGUGAGGUCUUCCUCCCCUAUGGGCCGGGUCAUCCUCAUCAACGCGCCUGUCGAUGGUGGAGAUGACAGUGAAGACAUCCACACGAUCACUGUAGAUAAAAGUGAGGAUGGCCAUCUGGGUUUCAGUGUGCGCGGAGGAUCUGAGCAUGGCCUGGGAAUCUUUGUCAGCAAGGUGGAGGACGACAGCACUGCAGAGAUGGCAGGCCUGUGUGUUGGGGAUAAGCUGGUUGAGGUGAACGGCAUAAGUCUGGAGAGCAUCACUAUGAGCAGUGCUGUGAAAGUCCUGACCGGAAACAACCGUCUGCGUAUGGUGGUGAGACGCGUGGGGAAGGUGCCAGGCAUUCGCUAUUCAAAAGAGAAGACUACAUGGGUGGAUCUGAUCCACAGAAGGAUGGUAGUGGAGGAAAGUGGUCGCACACCUUCAGAGGCCAGUUCAGACGGAGCUCUGCGCAGAAUAGUUCACCUUUACACAACCUCAGAUGACUAUUGCCUGGGCUUCAACAUCCGUGGCGGCAAAGAGUUUGGCCUUGGUAUCUACGUUUCAAAGCUGGACCCUGGCGGCCUGGCAGAACAAAAUGGAAUAAAGAUGGGGGAUCAGAUUUUGGCAGCUAAUGGAGUGAGUUUUGAGGACAUCACACACAGCAAUGCAGUGGAGGUGCUAAAGAGUCACACACAUGUGAUGCUGACCAUCAAGGAAGCCGGACGAUACCCUGCUUACAAGGAGAUGGUGGCGGAGUAUAGCUGGCUUAAUAAAUUGGCGAACGGAGGUCAGCCGUCGUCCUCUCAGGGCUCAGAUUCAUACUCCUCCACUUCUUCUCUGUCAUCCGGGACGCCGGUCAGCUCUCUCAGCGGCCUCUCGCAGGUCAUGUUUCCUCCUGCUUUCGGCUCAGAGAUGGUGGACGUCUGCAUCUCCACUGAGGAUCGCUCGCGGCGGCCCAGCUCAGAGCGAAUAGAAACUGCUAUUCAGACUGACCCACAGGAUCCCGAUACCAUAUCCCGAACCAGCAGAGUCAUGUCCACAGAAACUAGUCGAAUGGUAGGAGAAACCGUCCUGUUGAAAGACACUGUAAUCCGCAGAGGGACAGCCCAUUCCCGGACAAGGACCUUUUCUGCUGGGGAUAAAGAGACUCUGGACUCUCCUAAAACUGCUGUCCUGAUGGCUCUCAGCAAGCCUCGGAAAGCCAUCCGACGAUCCCAGAGCCACAUCACUGUGUCAGAGUUCUGGUUUGCAACUGAAAGGGCUUCUUGUCUUUGUGGCUGUACAUCAAGAUCCCGACAAGAGGACAAGCAGAAGAAAAGAAAACAUCAGAAAGGCAAGGUAGAGACAGAGGGAAGUACCCUGCAGCGCUCCAAAACCUUUGUCAGCUUGCUCUUUAAAAGUGGACGCAGAAGGGAAAGGUCAUCGUCUAGAGACCGGAAGGACACAGGAAGAGAGGACGGACACAAAGGAAGAUCCAAAUCCCCAAAACAUUUAGAUAACGAACCGGGUAAAGAGCGGGGUCGACCCAUUAUUAACCUAUUGAGUUCUCCCAGAGAGACUCGUGCUGGUUUGAGGGAGCAAAGCCCGAUGCCUAGCCCGGAGACCAUGGCUUUGUUGGAGGACGUGGCACGCAAGCUGCUCAAUGAGGACGAAGUGGCUGCUGUCAUGAGACACUGUAAAAGGUUUCUGGUCGAUCGUGUGGUUGAGGAUCUAGUGCGCCCCCUGCUGGCCAUCUUGGACAAGCCUGAGAAGCUUCUGUUGCUGAGGGAGGUCAGAAUGAUCAUUCCUGCCACAGAUCUGGGCCGUUUUGACAGUAUGGUCUUGCCCUUUGAGCUUGAAGCCUAUGACAUACUAAAAAGCCGGUCUGUGAGGUCUCCUGUCCUUCGUUCUCCUCGACAUGGAGGAACACCCCGUCGCCAUCUAAUAACACCCAUCCCAGAUUACAGGGGUGGAUUUCACCUUCAGCCGGUGCAGGAUCUGGAGAGGGAACGACAACUCAUUGAAGAUUUGGAACGAAUGCGUUUGGCAGGUUUACCGACUGGACGACUUCCUCCUCCUCGAGCUUUCACCCCUCUUUUGGAUGUACCAGUAGACACCUACAUCACAGACUCGCUCCGUAAUCGCUCUUUGAGUCCUGCUCGGUCCGGCUUUUCACACUCAGAGUCCCCUUACAGCACAGAACGCACUGGACGUUCCCCCCUGAGAAGGGACAAUGGUUUCCCCCAUGACUCUUUAUCCAGCAGGGGUGAUUCUGUCCCAGAACGAGGAAGGUCUCCCUAUAGGAAUGGACAUAGAAUGAAAACAGACAAAUCUCUGAAUGGUAAAGAGGUAAAGUAUACUGUAAUGAGUGCACACCGCCGGAGCAGGACACCAUUGUCCCAGGUGUUUGCGCCCAGCCCAGAACAGCACUGGAAAGAACCAGUGAAUGGACACUCGGACAGCCAAGACAGAACAGAACAGGAGUACGUACUAACCACGGUAACCAUCUCAAAGACUAAACAGUCCCUGGGUAUAAGCAUCUCAGGUGGGAUUGAGUCAAAGGUGCAGCCAAUGGUGAAGAUAGAGAAGAUCUUUCCAGGAGGAGCAGCUUCAACCAGUGAUGUCCUGAAGGCUGGAUUCGAGCUGGUGUCGGUAGAUGGAGAGUCUCUUCAAGGUGUCACACAUCAGCACGCGGUGGAUGCCAUUCGGAGGGCUUUCAGCAACAAGGCCAAAGAACCAAUGGAGUUCAUCGUCAAAGUUCCCAAAAGACUAACUUGAAAGCAGCUUUGAAACAAAGGUGUUUGAGCUUAAGGCCCUGAUUUACUCACAGCGAAGUUCGCUUGGAGGUAAAAAGAAAAAGCACCUGGCAUUGACAUAUCGGUCGUGAACAUGCUUUCUUCGUCCUUGCAUUUACACAAUAUUGAAUAUUUAAACAUGCACUGCACAUCACAAUUACUAAAUAAACA